AUGUCCGACACGCUCUCAGACACUUCGCCCCCUUCAUUUUUCGACGAGGAUUUCCCCGUAGACCAGCGUAAAUGUCGCCUUCUUGGUCCGACUGCGUUGGUCGUACAGGCUCUUAUGGGCGUCCUGGUUAUUCUUUCAUUGGUAUACAAGCGCCAUAGGGAGUCCUCCAAGCGGCCUUGGAGGAUAUGGGCAUUUGAUGUUUCCAAACAGAUCGUCGGGCAAAUGUUCGUCCAUGGCAUGAAUCUCCUAAUAUCCGGCGUGUCGGCACAUCAUGCAUCAACAAAUCCUUGUAACACAUAUUUCCUCAAUAUACUCAUUGAUACCACUUUAGGUGUUGCUCUGAUCUAUUUCAUUCAUCGCUUCCUUACACACGUAUUCUCGAACAUGCUUCAAAUGAAGGGUUUUCAAUCCGGACAGUACGGCACUCCACCAUCUAUACUGUACUGGGCACGUCAAGCCGCAAUCUACGUCACUGCACUCACAACCAUGAAAUUCAUUGUGAUUGGGCUCCUCGCCAUCUUACCGGGCAUUUUUAAGCUUGGCGACUGGCUUCUGGCUUGGACUGGCGGCGGAGACGCUGUGCAGGUGAUUUUCGUUAUGGGUCUAUUUCCAAUUGCUAUGAACAUCCUUCAGUUCUGGUUGAUCGACUCAAUUGUGAAAGCCACAACCCAAGAUAACGAUCUCAAUCCUACUUCAUCGCCGAGGCAAUCAGCAGACCGAGAACCGCUGUUCAGUGCAACUGCAUCCGACGACGACGACGAGACGCUCGAUCAUACCCACCGAUUUGACAUAGAGAACCCUCCCCUUGCGAGCUCUGCGUCUCAAUCCGUAAAAACGAAGACCAGUCUUGUAGAUGAGCAGAAAUACCUAUCCUCGAGAACGAGCCUAGACGAGCCGGAGGAAGCGGAUGAACCGCAUGCCUAUCCGCCCCUGAGUUCUUCGGCUGGAAGCAGCUUCCGAUCCCAGGGAAGCUCUCUCCCACGUCCGAGUACGCCAAAGCGGCGGCGUUCACCUCCCCCAUCUCUUCAGUUACACUCACAGUCCGACAUCGUUGAUUCCCCUAGGCUGCGACACGUUGCACUUGCGGAAACGCCGGUUACCAAUCGAAAGAUAGUACAUUCAGCUGACUCGCCUUGCAUUGACGGUUCAUGA